CGUGAUGACGUUUAUAGAGAGGCUGGCUCCGUUUAAAAAGUGGCGGCGGUUAUAGUGUGAGGUGGUAAAAUAUUCGAACGUGAAGCUGCCGUACUAAGUAAUAUCUUUGCGGUAUUUGGACGUGUAGGUUAUUUGGUUGAUUAUCAUCCUCUGCCUGUCUCUUGUAAAAAUAUGGAGCGACUAGUGGCAACUCGGUUGGUUACCGGGCUGGCUGUUAAAAUAAUGCGCAGUAACGGAGUAAUACACAAUGCAAACAUAACCUCUGUAAAUAUGGACAGAUCGUCGGUCAAUGUUGAAUGGAAAGAGGGAGAAGCAAACAAAGGAAAAGAAAUAUCUUUUGCAGACGUAAUAUCUGUAAACCCUGAGUUAUUAGAUGCUGUUUUGGCUCCAACAAAUGUAAAAGAAAACAUGCCACCACAAAGGAAUGUGUCUUCUCAGAAUCAUAAACGGAAAACUAUUUCAAAAAUUCCUGCUCCCAAAGAAGUGGCUGCAAAGAAUUCUCUUUUGUCAGAAUCUGGAGCACAGUCAGUGCUUCGUGAGCGUUCCACCAGGAUGACUGCUAUCCAUGAAACGCUACCCUAUGAAAAUGAGAUGGAGGCAGAAUCUACUCCGCUACCCAUACAGCAAAAUUCUGUUCAAGCACGGUCUCGAUCUACCAAAGUGAGUAUUGCUGAAGAGCCUAGGUUGCAGACACGCAUUAGUGAGAUUGUAGAGGAAUCUCUGCCCUCUGGCAGAAAUAACCAAGGUAGGAGAAAAUCAAAUAUUGUUAAAGAAAUGGAAAAAAUGAAGAACAAAAGGGAAGAACAGCGUGCCCAGAACUAUGAACGAAGAAUGAAACGUGCACAGGACUAUGACACCAGUGUACCAAACUGGGAGUUUGGGAAGAUGAUUAAAGAAUUUCGAGCAACCAUGGACUGUCAUAGAAUAAGUAUGGCAGACCCAGCUGAAGAGCAUCGGAUCUGCGUUUGUGUUAGGAAGCGACCGCUGAACAAGCAAGAGCUUUCAAAGAAGGAGAUUGAUAUCAUUUCUGUUCCAAGCAAGAACAUUGUUCUUGUUCAUGAACCAAAGCUGAAGGUGGACUUGACCAAGUAUUUGGAGAACCAGGCGUUUAGAUUUGAUUUUUCAUUUGAUGAGACUGCCACAAAUGAGGUGGUUUACAGAUUUACAGCAAGACCAUUGGUUCAAUCCAUUUUUGAAGGAGGGAAAGCAACUUGUUUUGCUUAUGGGCAAACGGGAAGUGGAAAAACUCAUACAAUGGGAGGUGACUUCUCAGGCAAAAGUCAGAAUGUUUCCAAAGGAGUCUAUGCUUUUGCAUCACGUGAUGUUUUUCUCCUUUUGGACCAACCUCGAUAUAAGCACUUAGACCUGGAUGUUUUUGUGACCUUUUUUGAAAUUUAUAAUGGAAAGGUCUUUGAUCUAUUGAACAAAAAGACAAAGCUGCGUGUAUUGGAAGAUGCAAAGCAAGAAGUUCAGGUCGUUGGGUUGUUGGAAAAACAAGUGAUUUCUGCAGAUGAUGUUUUUAAGAUGAUUGAAAUUGGCAGUGCUUGCAGAACUUCUGGCCAGACUUUUGCCAAUACUAGCUCCUCACGUUCCCAUGCCUGUUUGCAAAUAAUUCUGCGAAGGGGAAGUAAGCUUCAUGGCAAGUUUUCCCUUGUGGACUUGGCUGGAAAUGAAAGAGGUGUUGAUACAGCCAGCGCUGAUCGUAUUACCCGCAUGGAAGGAGCAGAAAUAAAUAGGAGUUUGCUUGCAUUAAAGGAAUGCAUACGUGCUUUGGGACAGAACAAAUCUCACACCCCUUUCCGGGAAAGUAAACUUACUCAGAUUCUUCGGGAUUCCUUCAUAGGAGAGAAUUCAAGAACAUGUAUGAUUGCUAUGCUUUCGCCUGGAUUUAACUCCUGUGAAUAUACUCUCAACACUCUAAGAUAUGCAGACAGAGUCAAAGAGCUGAGUCCACAAAAUGCUGAAACUAAUGAUGAUAAUCUGCAGAUGGAGGAUAGUGGUGGAUCACAUGCGUCUAUAGAAGGUUUACAGCUGCAGGAUGACUUCCUGCUGAAAGAUGAAGAGCUGUCAACACAUAACAGUUUCCAGGAUGCUCUUAACCGCGUUGGUGAGCUAGAAGAUAAAGCGGUAGAUGAGUUGAGAGAACUUGUGCAGAAAGAACCAGAAUGGACAAACUUGUUGCAGAUGACCGAGCAGCCAGAUUAUGACCUAGAAAACUUUGUAAUGCAGGCAGAAUACCUCAUCCAGGAGCGCUCUAAAGUGUUAAUUGCCUUGGGAGAUAGCAUAAAUUCUCUGCGUCUUGCCCUGCAAGUGGAAGAACAGGCCAGCAAGCAAAUAAGUAAAAAGAAAAGAUCUAAUAAAUAAAGUAAAACAGUACAAUUUCUGUUAAUUUUAUAAAUACCAUUUUGUUGUCUGAUUUUAUUGUUUCUAUUUUUACUCUCUACUUAUAUUUGUUAAUCUCGAGUGCUUUAAAUAAAGUCUGUAUAUAGCAUACCUUGGUAACCAGAA